ACAAAUGUCUUGGGCUAUACAACUAUAUAGGAGGAGGCAUGUACAUUAGUCGGAAUCUCUCACAUUUGAUAUCCACAAACCCAGAACAACGAUAACUAGAAGCCUCACCGAUCUCGAAAUUAUCAUGGAGUCCCUCGUGUCAGCACACGGCCACAAGGAGGAUCUAAACGACAAGGCGAGCUGGCAAAGGGAGAUUAUGCGAUGGUCUCUGAAACAUGCAGUACACUGCGCACCCUCGACCUUGGACGACUCUGUGAAAAUGCAGUACAAUGCGGAUGUGACCAUAUCACGACUCGGCUUCAACAUCCAUCAACAACCAGAGACCAGUGACAUGUUGGCACAACAAAUCUACCGAUGGCGUUGGGAAGUUGAAAACGUGCAAGCUUGCGGACCACAGCUGCGCUUGCCAUAUCAUCCCAUUCGCGCAGCAUGGUUGUGGAUGGAAGAGUAUGGAGCUGAGUUGUGGCCUGCAGAUGCCCACAAACGAGGACAUCUCUAUCCAUCAACCACUUUCGUCUACCUCCGCGAUCGAUCCGGAUAUGUUGACCUGGAGCCUGAUCAACGUCUGGACAUUGACGAAAACAUUGCCGAGUUCUGUUUCAGCAAAGGUACAUUGCAUCCGUACAAUGACAUGUUCCAGAAGGUGUUGCAGUACUUUGCCGAGCUCGUACUGCAGCAGAAUUGA